UGACUAUCACAAGAAACAGAAUGCCCUCAGAGCGCUUCAAAAGAAAGCUCUGGACAAGAAUCCUGAUGAGUUCUACUUUAAAAUGAUACGUGCAAACCUCCAGGAUGGAGUUCAUAAAAUAAAGCAGCCGAAGGAUGAAGUGACUCCUGAACAGAUGAAAUUGAUGAGGACGCAGGAUAUUAAAUACGUGGAAAUGAAAAGAGUGGCAGAAGCCAAGAAAAUCGAGCGGCUGAAGUCGGAGCUCCAUCUUCUGGAUGCUGAGGGGAAGAGUCCCAACAAGCACGUGUUCUUCUUGGAUACCAAAAAAGAAGUUCAGGAGUUUGAUAUUGCAACUCAUCUGGAUACUGUUCCGGAGCUCGUCAACAGAGUGUACAACCGACCAACCAUUGCAACACUGCAGAAAGAGACACUGAAAGGAGCCACUGAUCCUGUCCACUUAAAGAAAUUAGCCCAGCAAAGGAAGAAUCAGUAUGACCUCCUGAAGCAGCGCAUUGAGAGGGAAAAGACCAUGUUUGUCGUCUCGCAGAAAAUCCAGACACGUAAAGAUCUUCUGGAUAAAACUCAUAAAGUGAAGGUGAAGAAAGAGACAACAAAUGGUCCAGCUAUAUACAAAUUCAAGUAUCAGCGGAAACGUUAGCCACGCCGUUAAGUAAUUGUUGCUGUCUUUGCUUAGAAAGAGGGAGGUUUCUCCUGAUGAAGGAGGGCUGGUACAGCAUAUCAGUUUGUUUUUCACUGCAGCCCAGCACUUUGUUAAAACAAAUUACUGUGGGCCUGCGCUAGCCAUAAAUAUAUUGUAUCUAAUUAAUUGAUUAAUAAAUCAGACAGUUUGUUCCCUUGGUAUUUACAG